GAGUGUGACAAGAGGAGAGAAGGAGAGAAAGAGGACGUCUCUGUGUGUACAAGCUGGACUGCAAAGAUGACUGACGCAAAAAGCACAUCAUCCGUGGAGGUGUCAGAGGGGAAGUUAAUUAAGAAGGGUUCCAUCAAGAAGAAGAUUGAAUCGUUAAGGCGAUGGAGUUCAGCUAGCAUAAAGAGGCAUCCAAAGCCCAAGGCCAAGAGCAUGAGUCUAUCUUCCCCCGUGGGAGACCCGGAAGACAUCUGGCUGCAAGACGGAGAGAGGAGAAAGCUGCGACCCAUCGUUGACUCAGUCUUCGGACAGGACAGAGAUCUACGACCAGAGGAAAUGGAAGAGCUGCGUGAGGCCUUCAGGGAGUUUGACAAAGACAAGGAUGGCUUCAUCAGCUGUAAGGACCUGGGUGAAUGCAUGAGGACUAUGGGAUACAUGCCGACAGAGAUGGAAUUGAUAGAACUCAGCCAGCAGAUCUGUGGCGGCAGAGUGGAUUUUGAGGACUUUGUUGAAUUGAUGGGUCCCAAGAUGCUCGCUGAGACUGCAGACAUGAUUGGAGUCAAGGAGCUGAGAGAUGCCUUCAAAGAGUUUGACUCUGAUGGCGAUGGUCAGAUCAGCCUUGCAGAGCUGAGGGAAGCCAUGAAGAAACUAAUGGGGGAGCAGCUAAACCACCGCGAGAUGGAUGAGAUCCUGCGAGACGUUGACCUCAACGGGGAUGGAGAGGUGGACUUUGAAGAGUUUGUGCGAAUGAUGUCUCGCUGAUUCAUCACCAAACCUCACCCAACUGCACUCAACACAACAUGGACCAGACUGCACACUGUUAAUGUUCUUGUAAUUCUUCUUGAUGUACAAAGACUUGUUGUUUGUUGUUUUCUGUUUUCUGUUACUUCCACCAUUUCUCAAGUAUAAGAGAAUCCCUUUUAAUGUGUCACUGUUGUGUGAAUAUAUAUUAACAUGUAAUGAGAGAUUAUAGAGUAAAGACUCAGCAACGUGAUGGUUUUAACCAAAGCUUCUCUUUAGAGGUUAAUUUAAACUUGGAUAUAAUUGAACUGAGAAUCCCAAACCAGCAACAAGUGUGUGUGUGUGUGUGUGUGUGUGUGUGUGUGUGUGUGUGUGUGUGUGUGUGUGUGUGUUAGGGAUAGGAUUAACUCUAACCCUAAAUGUAGGCGUUGUGUGGCCACUGAUUUCCGAGAGUUAUUUUAUUUUAUGUGAGCUGACACAUUAAAUAUGCAGUUUCCUACAUUACCUGACUUGCAUCUAGAGUUUGUUUGAACUAAGUAAUAACUCAUUAAAAUGAGGAUUUGUUUUCACAACAUCUUAAAUUCUAACUUCAAUUCAACCGUUAGGAAUGUGAU